CGGAAGAGGUACGUACAGGAAAAAAGAAAGGGCUGCACAUACACGUCACUGGGGGAAGCUGAACACACUGGGCAAUGUUUAAAUCGCACAAUUAUUUAUUCACCCCUGUUCCCGUUUAUGACCACGGAGCCAUCACAGCUCGAAGUGCGACUUCCUUUUUGUGCUCGGUGUGAGGCGUAUGUCGUCACCUUCACCGCCCGCAGGGGAGCGCUGACACUGUCACACCGCCGCUGAACUUCCCGUCAAGACGCGGCACGGGCGAAACGAGCUGCUGUUGAGAGAGAAAGGGGAACGACAGUGGGACUUAUCAAGAAGAGAGGACACACUUAGGUCCUCAAGGCGUCUGGCCACAGAAAGGGUGCUAUUGUCCUCCAGCCGAUGGCGAGCAGAGGCGGUUCUGCUAAUUAGCCUGCGUUGGUCCCUGCAGAAAGGGAUAGAAGAGCGGGGCUGCUAACUGCAACAACGGGGUUUAAGGGGGCCGUUGUACCACAUUUCAUCCGCAAUCUGGACAUUUCUCCUGUUAACUGGUUUUAUUCCUAAUGAUGGGGUCCUUCAGCGGAUAGUACCUCCCAUCCUUCCGUUUAACCCCACCGUCGCACCCUGGCUCGAAUUCGCCACUCGGGCGCUGUCCUCGCAGGGGGGUAACGGGUUCACCAUCGCCCGGUAGAGCUAACUACAGGCGGCGGGUUGGUCUUCGUGACCCUUGGCCGCCCUGCCUCGUCUCUCUGCCCCUCAGUCCCUAACCGAGUCGGAACAUGGCAGGGAACCUGAAGAAAGGUGGGGGGAUCAUCGGAAUGAUGAAGGAUGCCUUCCAGCCACACCAUCACCACCUCCACUCACAUCACCAGCCCGGGGCCGUCGACAAGAAAACUGUGGAAAAAUGCUGGAAACUGAUGGACAAGGUGGUGCGGCUGUGCCAAAACCCCAAACUGGCUCUGAAGAACAGCCCUCCUUACAUCCUCGACCUGCUGCCAGACACCUACCAGCACCUGCGCACCAUCCUGUCUCGCUAUGAGGGCAAAAUGGAGACUCUGGGAGACAACGAGUACUUCCGGGUCUUUAUGGAGAACCUGACCAAAAAGACCAAGCAGACCAUCAGCUUGUUCAAGGAAGGCAAGGAGCGCAUGUAUGAGGAGAAUUCGCAACCCAGACGAAACCUCACCAAGCUGUCGUUGAUCUUCAGUCACAUGCUGGCUGAGCUGAAAGCCAUCUUCCCCAACGGCCUGUUUCAAGGUGACAACUUCCGCAUAACCAAAGCUGAUGCUGCAGAGUUCUGGAGGCGCGCCUUUGGGGACAAAACCAUUGUGCCUUGGAAGGUGUUCCGUCAGUCUCUCCAUGAGUUUCAUAACAUCAGCUCUGGUCUGGAGGCCAUGGCUCUCAAAUCCACCAUAGAUCUCACCUGCAAUGAUUAUAUCUCAGUGUUUGAGUUCGACAUCUUCACUCGGCUAUUCCAGCCCUGGUCAUCCCUGCUGCGAAACUGGAACAGCUUGGCUGUUACUCACCCAGGGUACAUGGCCUUCCUCACAUAUGAUGAGGUCAAAGCUCGGCUGCAGAAAUUCAUCCACAAGCCUGGCAGUUAUAUCUUCCGACUGAGUUGCACUCGCCUGGGCCAGUGGGCCAUCGGUUACGUGACAGCCGAUGGGAAUAUUCUCCAGACCAUUCCCCAUAAUAAGCCCCUCUUCCAGGCCCUCAUUGAUGGUUUCAGAGAAGGCUUCUAUUUAUUCCCCGAUGGCCGGACUCAGAACCCCGACCUGACGGGUCUGUGUGAACCUUCACCUCAAGACCACAUUAAAGUCACACAGGAGCAAUAUGAGCUGUACUGUGAGAUGGGCUCCACUUUCCAGCUCUGUAAAAUCUGCGCGGAGAAUGACAAAGAUGUGAAGAUCGAGCCCUGUGGUCAUCUCAUGUGCACCUCCUGUCUCACCGCCUGGCAGGAGUCGGAGGGUCAGGGAACGGGAUGCCCCUUCUGUCGGUGUGAGAUUAAAGGUACAGAGCCGAUUGUCGUAGAUCCUUUUGACCCCAAGGACAACAGCGGGGGCUCAAGUCGGGCCGCCAUGGGAGCCGAAGGAGCUCCAUCGCCAAGCUAUGACGACGACGACGACGACAGACUUGAAGACCCCCACCUGGUAAUGAGCAAACUUGCUGGCACAAAGGUGGACCGCCCCCCGUCACCCAUGUCCAUGGCCCCUCAGUCAUCUCUUCCCCCAGUGCCUCCCAGACUGGACUUGUUGCCACACAGACCUCCAAACCCCCCUGGUGCCUCCAGUCCAGGGGCCACCAGUAAGGCAGCAUCACAUCACAAAGACAAGCCUCUUCCACUUCCCCCUGCACUGCGGGAUCUCCCCCCACCCCCUCCCCCAGACAGACCUCACACAGUCGGGGCGGCUCCAGAAGCCCGGCAUCCAAGACGGCCCCUACCCUGCACUCCAGGGGAGCCCCUUCGAGAUAAGCUCCCUCCCACUCCGCCGAACCGUUCUUUGGCUGACUGGAACUCCAGACCCGUUCCCAAAGCUCCAACCCCCUCUUCUACAUCAUCUUCACCAUCCUCCUCAUCCACCCACGUGCCCAGCCUGGGGGGCGACCUCAGAGCAGGUGUCAGGGAGCUCUCCAACAGACACUCGCUCCCCUUGGCGCUGCCCUCUGCGCUGGACAACCGCGCGGACUCUCAGAAGAACAACAGCUCCCUCAGUCUGGACCACCAGCUGAGUAUUGCUGCAAUAGUUUCUCAAGAUUAUGACAACCCCAAAGUGAAACCAUCAGCCUCAGCCAAUGCCAUCUACACACUGGCAAACAGACAGUCUCAAGGUUUGAGGCAAGUGCCCGGAGAGGAGGCGUGUGACAGCGAGGAAGACUCUGAGUACAUGAUCCCUUCAUCUCGCCCCAUUGCCGUUCCAUCAGUACCAGACACCCUGCAAGUCCAAAGGCCCCCACAGCCUCUGACUGCUCUGCAGGCACAGACUCAAGCCCCUGCAGUCAACUCGCGGCUCACACUAGAUGCAGAGGAUGGGCCGACAUCGCAUGAAGCCAUGUACAGCGUCCAGCCCAGGUCACAACAGGCCAGAGACUCAGAUUACUCAGAGCUGCCUCCCCUGCCGGUCACCAACGGGCCCAGAGACCACGCAGCAGAGGACAGAGAGGAAGAGGAUAACGGCUACGACUUCCCAAAGCCCCAGCUACCACAGGCCCCGGCUCGGCGGACCUUUUCAGAAAUGGGGGGGUCUCUGUCUUCAUCUUCAUCCUCCUCAUCGUCAUGCUCGUCCUCUGUGGCAGCCUUUAGCCGCCUUUCCCUAGAUUCAGAUUUUGGAGCUGCGGCAUCUGCUUUAGAGCCAGCCGAAGCGCCUGAGAGACCUCCAAAGCCGCUGCCCAGACGGAUCAACUCGGAGCGCCGCCACAGCCCCGUCCCGCCUGUGCCCACUUCGCCCAGCGGCGGCGCCGCAGUGGGCGGGGAGGCCAACCCCCUGAUCAGCAGCGAGAUCGAGCACCUCAUGAGUCUGGGCUACUCCUACCAGGACAUCCAGAAAGCUCUGAUGAUUGCACAGAACAAUAUAGAAAUGGCCAAGAACAUCCUGCGUGAGUUCGUCUCUGUUCCCUCCACCGCCCACAUUUUCACAUAGCAGAUUGUGGCGCCCACGAAUUGCGGUUUGCUCUCGUUGCCCUAGCUUGGCUCAGCCUGGUUUGGUUUUGGUCGCCGCAGACCGACCAGAAAAGCCUACUGCCUCCAGGACUACGUAAAGUGCUUUCUGACACCCUACUCCGCCCUGCCCCUCCCACCGAACCCUCCUGUGGUUUCUGACCUGGCUGUCACUCGGCAAGCUUACAGUAUCUGCAGGACUCUGCGCCAGGCACUCCAUGCGCUUUCAAAAGUAUCAUGCUGUUUUUUUUUGUUUGUUUGUUUGUUUUUUUUCUUCGAGGUUUUGGUUUCAGGAGCAUCUCCUCGGGACCGCCCAAACGCGGCGACCCGAGACUUUCAUAGGAAUCUGCCGAAGACAAACUCUCAUCUUUCAUGUUGAAGCCUCUCGCUGAAAAUAUAAUCAACACCUCACAAGGAAAACUAAAAGUGUAUGUCUAUAUGAGAAUUUAAUAUAUAAGUAAGUAUAUAUUAAAUGUGUGUAAUAUAUACAGUACGUGCAUAAAUAAUAUGUGAAAGUCGUUCAGUUUGGAGGGUUGCUCUUGGUACCACUGCAGGAGGAGGGGGUUGGGGGGGCGACAGGAGUCGGCUUACGGGAAGACAGGAAGGAAGAGGAAGGACGAAUCGGGCGUCUUCCUGACCAGGAUGCGUUAGUCAGCAGAACCUUGGAAAACGUGCAGCAGAGCUUUUCAUCUUGACUUUGGUCGGAUACGGCCUUUAAUUAACAUUGCUUUGGUACUUUUUUUUUUUUUUUUAGCAUAAAAAAAAAGCAAGCGUGUCGUUUUGUUUGUAGCAUGAUGAUAGUUUCAGGUCUGGACGUGUUGCUGGCUGCUUGUGUGUUUUGUGUACGUGAGCAUGGUUGCCUGUGUGUGUGUGUGUGUGUGUGUGUGUUUGCCAGACUUUUUACUCCACUCGUCCUGCUCUCGGAUGAAGCCCCUCCCUAUCCUGUCCGUCUCAACAUGAAUGUGUGCUCCAGUCCACGUACUUGGACUCUCGCGCUCUGUUAAUGUACUACUGCUCUAAGUUAUGAGGCGGGGCCACAGCUAGCAGACAGGCUAGUUGUUUCGUGAUCUGUGGUGGCUCACGUUUUCUUUCUGUUGUAUGAACUCACUGGCUGGUCCGGGUUUCUGUCUCCAGCUGAGUCCAGUGUUACAAAACAAAAAUGAAAAAAAAAAAACGACAUAAAAUAUUGACUUACUUUGAUAAUAUAUUGUUGUUAUACUAUCAUAAAUAUUGUUGGUAUAAUUAAUUCAGAAGUGUUUCACUGCUGCUAUUAUUGUUAGUGCUAAACAAUUAAAGCCUUAAAUGUACAUUUGUGAAUACUCUGUUUAACCGUCAUCCUGUUUCUUUAAAGUGACAGUAUCUUUUGUCUUUCCAGUUCAUAAUGUAGCAUACUUGAAAAGUAUACGCAGCUCGUGAGCCCGCAGUCCUCUCAAGCUGUCGACCUGUUUAGUAUUUUUAACGUUUAGUUCUGCUCUUUCUUUAGUGUAUAUACAAGGUUCCUACACGAUUGUUGAAAAGUUUGAAAUUUGAUUUUCACAUUUAAAGUUUGAGAUAGGUGUUUGAGUUCCUAGACUAUCAUAAGUAUCUCCAUUAUCCAAAAGAUAAAAAUCUGAAUAUUGUCAGGAAAAAAAACAGGCUUUUUAUACCUUUGAAUUUCUGCAUAUUUAAGUAAAAUUCACAGAAUAAAUAGUAAAGUCUAUUUCAAGGGCUUUUUGGUAACUGGUUCUGCAUGACUUUAGAAAUUCAUAAAAUUGCAAUACUAAUAAUUGAACACUGUGACAAUUGAGAUUACCUAUAUUUUCAGCGCUUUUCUGUAAUCAUGAAAAGCCCACCACUCUUUAAGCUUUCCUGUAUAAGCACUGCAUGAGUCGUGCUACGUCAUUCAUUCAAUUUCUACAAGCAAGUAAAAGAUUAAAUUACAUGUAGGGUGAUGCAAUUCAGAUUUGACCAGUCUAGAUGUUUUGGAUGUUAAGAGACCCAUUCAAUGUUGGUCCAGAAGCCAAACACUGAAUCUAACAGGUAACUAGGACGUAAGUGAGUUGCACGUAUACUUUUUAAAGGUGGAAAGCUUUCUAUAUGUCCAGUGUUACUUCUUUCUUAAAAGUGGAAAGAAAGUUGAAGUUGCCACCUUUCUACCAAUUGGUUGCCAGGUGUGGGAGGGGCUACAUUGCAUUUCUUACUAAAAUAAUUGUGCCAGGUUCUUUUCACAGCAUUUUGGGCCCCUCUGCCCUCCAAGGUUAGGGUCCUGUGGUUCCUAACCUGGGCAAAACAAAAACACAAUCUCAUUUAAAGCAGAUGAUGUUGCAGGUAAAUCAAUAAGUGUGGGGUCUUGAAAUCCUUUGCAGAAUUCUCAGUAACAUUUGUAUUUAGAAAGGGCACUAAUGGUGAAUUUUUUUUUUUUAAAAGCUGGAUUCUUAGUUGAUAAAAUUUGUGUUGUUAGUGUGCUUUUUUUUUUUAUUGACUUGCUAAAACAUGUUUACCUAAAUGAUAGUUGGGGGCUAAAAGAACCUACAACCAGUAUCUCAGAGAUUGGGAACUGGAUGUUUUUCACAAACUUUGAUUUAAAGAGAAGCACAAACUUGAUCCAGAAGCCCAAAAAAAUUUGAGAAAAUCUUUUUCCCCUCUUUAAAAUCAACCAACUAGUUAGUGCUCCUUUAGUUCUCCUGCUAAGAAUGUCUUCUUUUUUUUUGUGACUAGAAAAAUGGCCAAACCACCAAAUUAGUCUUUCAGUAAAUAAUAGAAGAAACCAUCUUUAAGGCAGCUUUAAGGCAGUGGGCAGCAACAUAUAUAGGCCUUAUGUUUCAGAGAUUAUGAAAAAGAGUUGAUCAAAGAUGACCCAGAAGCCAAAAAAAAAAAAGCAGCAGAAUAACCCUUUUCCACUCCGCGAAAUGGAAAGCCAACCUCAGUGUGGUAUAAUUUAACGAUCUAUGAAAUAUAGAGAUAAUAUAAACUUAAAAAUAUGUACAGUAGUAAUAAUAAGUAAAUAAUUUUUACUCAAUGUUCCAGAGCUUUUUCUUUUUGAAAAAUAGCUGAAAAAAUGAGAAUCGUUGCCAGUGGGAACCUUGUGUAUAUUAACAGUAAUAAAGCAACCAAAAUGUUUUUAAAGUUUUCGGUAAAGACGAAUGCUUUCUGUUGAGCUUUGCCUUCUCGUUGCUCUGAAAAGAGGAGCAAGCGCCGAGGCUUUUCGUAGCGUAGACUCAUGGGUACGCUGGCCCCGCCCCACGGUCUACGGUAAAAAUCAGUAUUUGGGCCGACUGUAACAACUAACUCAGGAAUAAAUGCUGUCAAAACGCCGAGCGGACUCAUUAGCACAGACAGCAGCUCACCUGUGUACAGCGAAAAGUAACUGCUUCUUUGUCACAGACUUGCACAUUUAGUUUUUGUUUGAUUUUUCCAAUGUUCGCAGGCGCAGAAACAGCAGCUUUUUACUUCCAGGUACUCUGAAUUUAAAGGAUAUAGUCACACAAACGGCUUGUAGGUACAUUAACUUGAGGCUCUCCCAGUAUAUGAAGAAUGUUUUUGGUGUUUUUUAUUAUUUUCUGAUUGGGAGGGUGCCAUUUAGCCCCAGUUUGUCUUCACCUCUUCCGGCUGAUGCUGUGUGUUGACUGGAAGCUCUCUUUGUGCUGUCUCUAGUUCUGUUUCAUGUUUAUUUCCUAGUUGCCUUGAGAAACUUCUUGAAUGAUGGAUGGUGACGGACUGGGGAGAUCCGCAAUCCUCAAUACUGUACCGCUGUUUCAAGACGGCAUCUCAUUAUGUAUUAUUAGUUUACCUUUAUUUUUGCACAGCAUACCAAUUUGUGCUUUGAUACUGUCACUCUAAAGAACAGCUUACUGUAUACAGUUAAAGAAAAAUGUCAUUUUUGCAUUCCUGUGCAUUUUAUCCCAAAGGUUUUGUUUACUUGUUUGUUUUUCUUGACUUGUGCCAUAUGUUUAGAGAGAGAGCGAUCAUCACCGACGUCCUUACUUUUUUUUUUUUUAAAGGCCUUGUUAUUUGAGGAGUGUUUGUGGGUCUCAAUCUGUACCUGUUGGACUUUGAAGGCAACAUAGUGCAGUAAUGCUUGCAUCGAUCUGUCCUCUGCCUCUUCAGCCGCAUCUAGCCUCAUCCCUCAAACGCUCCAGUGUCUUUUUUUGACCACUUUUUCCAGAUCAGUUCUCUGCCUCUGGAUUCCCCAGAUGCUCAGUGCUGUGCAAUUUCAAUAUUCAGCCAGGAGAGGGGGCUGUCGUUCUAAUUUCCCCCCAAACCUCAGUAAAAGAAAGGCAUUCAUGAUUAUUUUUUAUUGUUUUAAAAAGCUCAUAUCAAUUUGAAAGUAUGCACAUUGCUGUUAAUAAAAGGUUAAGCAACUGCUUCCUGUCUCUUUUUCUACGUGGAUAUCAAAAGGAAAAUUAAAACCAAUUAAUAAAAAAAUAAUACUUAAGUAUUGUAUUAAUACAAAUAAAAAACAUUGUUUGUUUUUUUUAUUACACAGUGAUGAAUUUCAAUAGUUUAUUUUAUUGAUUAUAACAAACUAGAGCUAGAUGAUAAAUCAAGAAUAUGUAUUGUGAUACACACACGAUCAAUAUUAAUAGAUAGUAGAGGUCUUACUUGACUGUACAGCAUUCUGGGAGAUGUAGGCAGAGGAAAGAUUAGCAGUUGGCUAAGCUAGGUCGUGAGAUGAAGUGAGUGAGCGUCACUCUCGCUCUUUGCUAGGUAACUGGUUGUUACCUGGUAACGAGUUGCUAGUAACAACCAGUUGACUGGCUCGCUUAGCUGCAGUUUCAGGUUUCGCCACAGUUCAUCAUAACUGCUUAAACGGCGUUGCGUGAAAAGUGGAUAAAACAGGAAAGGCUUAGUCACGAGUUUAACAGUAGUUCAGAUAUUUAAAACAACAAAAAAAAAGUUAACAGGCAAACAUGAAUAUAGAUUGAUAUGAAACGCUUAUAUCGUGGUAAAUUCUCCAGCCAUAUCGUCCAGCCCUAGCUUAAAAUUUAUAAAAACUAAUAACAUUUGAAUAUUUUAUUAGACCACUAGGUAUUUUAUUACCUAUUAUUAAAGGUAUUACUACUUACUUUUGGACACGCAUGACUUUUAAUGAGUGAAGCAUUUUAAAAAGGUAAGAUAUUAAUAUUGGAUGAAAGGUGCUCGUUCGCAAUUGCCGCUGAAAUUUACCUCCAACUUAAAAAAAAAAUAAAAUACGGCUACGUAAGACCUCUGUGCAGGUUGUUAAACGUUUAAGUGUUUUACUCCAAUUCAUUGUUUUUUUGCAAAUUUUAAAACUCAUUAAAAUAAAGCGAUUAAAGAGAUUUUUUAAAAAGUGUUAACUCAUUACUUUGCUAUAGAAACUUGAUAUUUUCUGAGUGCUGUAUUCAAGAAUCUUAAUUUUGAAGUUUAGUGGAAGGAUAAACUAUCACUUCGCAAAUCCAAAGCUCUAUCAAACGUUUUUGUCUCUACAUGUGAUUUAACUGUUUUGCCUAAAAAUCCCUUUUCCCAGAGAGAAAAAAAAUUACUUUUUGGAAAGCCAAGUCCUCCAGUUCAGAGCCGCAGAAGUCCAGUGUGAACCUCUUAAAUCAAUGACUCAAGGAGCCUGAAUUAAUUUUGAAUUCAUUUCCAGGUCGGCUCUGGCUUCCAUUUGUCUUAGGGUUAUUGUUUAGUAAUAGUGUAAUAUGUGGAUGCAUUUAUGUUUGACACAAAAUACAUGUGGAGGGUUUAUGCACAAAGAUCAGUGGAACUUGUCCUUUUUUCUGAACUGAGACCAAGACGUUUGGGAGAAACUUCAGGAGAAUCUGUUUAAUACCGUGGUCCUAAAAUAACAAAACAGCAGAAAUCCUCCAAAAUGUAUGAAGAGGACCAGUCCAGACACAAUGAGGACCCAGGAGAUUGCUGCCAUGGAGCUGUCUUCUACAAAUUGGGGAUUUUUUUGACUUUUUUCACUCUUCUCCUGACUCAGUCAUUUGAAUGGCGUUGGGGCCUCGUUCCGCUGGGGUAGAUCCAGCACUCACUGGAGGGACCGUGUAACCCUCCUGACCUGGAACUCUUUGGGAUCUCCCUGGAUGAGCUCGAGAGCGUUACCGUGGAGACGGAUAUCUGGGUUUCCCUCGUGCAGCUCCGUCUCAGAUAAGUGGAAAACCAUGAAUGCACGUUUCAACAUCUGAAGAUGUUAAAUUGAUGUUAGCACUCUUAACUUUUGACCAUUUAACUUUAUUUGGUAUGAUUUUGAAAACUAAAAACAAUAAAUGUUUUGGUAAUUACAAGACGCGUAAUAACUCAGAGACAUUUAAAGGCAUUUCAGACAACCAACGCUGUUCACCAGAGUUGCCAAAAGCGGAAGAAAGGAAGUGUAUGAUGGCAUGAUUGUCUUUAAGCUGGAGUUGUUUAGUCACAGUCAUUCCCCCCUCCUCAGUAGUACACAGAAACUAUAGGAACCAACAUGAACACAAAACACUUACAUGAAGAGCAGUUGUUGGUUUAAGGCUUCGGGUCUGAGGGGGUUCUGUGUCUCUUUGGGUUAGAUUACCUCAGGUUUCAGUUAUUACAGAAAUGCAUUCAGUGAACAGAAAUGUGUGUGAAAAGGAAAACCUCUUCUAAUCUCAUUCUUCCUUCUCGUAAAAAAAAAAAAAACAGCUAUAGAACUUGAGUUUGUUAGCAUACAGUUCCAUUAAAAACAUGUCAUACUGGGGAAAAACUGCAUGAAUACACAAAAAAAAAGAAAAAACAAAACAUAAAUCAGUGCAUGUAAAAUAAAUAGGAACAAAAAACCAGCACAAAAUGUGGAGUUUUUGCAAAGCAUCUGAGUGUCAUAUCUAGGAAAAGAAAUGUAACUAUAUGACCUGACUAGUGGCAAUGCAAUAAAUCUAACAAAUAAAUCUGAUCAAAUGUAAAAAUAUACAGAGAACAAAAAAGUAGAAAAACAUUACCCAAUAGUUCAACUUCUUCAGCCUCAGAAAGUACUGUCCUUCAUCUACAGAGCACUGGGAGUUGAGAAACUGAGUGAUGCGUCUUUAAAUAACCUGCAUGUUUGUAUUUAAAGAAUAAAAAAGGUGUAGCUGAAGAGGUGCGGCAUCUCUUAACUUUCAGUAGUGCAGACUGAAACAUAGCAGAAAAUGAACAAAACAAUCAACCAAAUCAAGCUCCUUACUUUAACUCCAAGAAGCACCGAAUCAUAGAAACACUGUCUGGAUAUUUGUUUGGUUUUUUUUGUUUUGUUUUUUUUGUGUGUGUGUUAUUUUAAAUAAAGAAAUAUAUACAUAGACUAUAAUAUGUACAGUAACUGAGCUGCAUCAUUAUUCUCUUCAGUGGAUUGCACUGCAUGAGGUGAUGCUAUGUCAUACAGCGCGGACACAUUUAAUGGCACCCAUGGUAAAAAUGUGCAAAGAGCCUCAAAAUAAAGGUCUUUAUUUUGCAGUAGUACUAUUUUACAUCGGAAACCUUCACUAUUCAGCAGAUUGACUUGACUUAUUGAAGAUCAUUUGAGAAGGUUGGUUCUGUCUCCGUGGAACAAAGGUUGGUUGUUUUGUUCUUUCUAUCACUAUCCUGCUGAAGGACCCAGUGACGAUGUUUUAUUUAAAAUCUGCUGGUAAUUCUGAAACCUCUGCUGUAUUUAACACUGGGUAUGAGGGGACAAUUUAUAAAAAAAAAAAAUCCUAAUGUGUUUUAUCAUGUUCAGAGAAGUAUUAAAUACAGACACGAACAUGGAGGAGGUAUAAUUUAAACAGCUAAAUAAAGAAACAAAUUUUCCUGGAUAAAAAUAGACAUUCGCCAAAAUAUUUGAAUUUUAUUCAUUUAUUUAAUUAUCUGAAUAAAUUUCCUUGAAGUAACCACUGGAUUUCUCAUUGUGAGAUUAUGCAACCUGAAUAAAACAGUAGUUUAUUUUAAGGCUUUCACACACUUUUCUCAGGGCAGACAAUGAAUUUGUCCACCCCUGUAUUUAAAACAGACCCUGUCAGCUUUGUGCUAUAAUUCUUGUUCCACAGACAAUCAGCAGUAUACAAGGCUUGCAGUAGCGAGACAGAGAGUCAAAGCUUGGUAAGCGUGUUGUGGAGCUUGCAAAUUGUGUUCCAUUUCAACUCGAGGAGCACAGUGGACAGCAAGUAAAAAACAAAAACAAAAAAAAC